AUGCAGCACCUCAACUCAUACAACAGCUCGCUCAUCGCUCCUGUCUCAACUGACAACCUGAUUUCCAGUAGUGUGCUCGCAGUUUGCUUCAUACUGGGAGUCCCUGGUAAUAUUGCUGUAAUGGUGCGUCUGUCUGGAUGGCUGAAGAAAGGCAGUUUCACCCCGAGACUGAUGCUAAGCCUGGCCAUAUCAGAUCUACUCACUCUGAUUCCUCUGCCACUUUGGAUUUGGGCUCUUCUGCAUGAAUGGGUGUUUGGCUUGGUCUUCUGUAAGCUUCUCUCUUACAUCAUGAUGUUAAGCUUCUUCUGCAGCGUACUGUGUGUGGUGUUGAUGAGCAUGCAGCGAUACAUCCAAGUGCUGCAUCCUGAGAAAUGGAAGAAGCUUGGCAGAAAAGGACAGAAGAUCCUUUUAAGUGGGAUGUGGAUGUUAAGUGUAGUUAUAUCAUGCUAUGUUCUUGUAAAGCGCAAUAUAAGCUUCGACAAAGAAGGACGACUUCAGUGCACGCUAAGAUAUCAGAAUAAGGCUGAAAGAGUGCUUACAUUAAUCUGGCAGAUUAUAAUAUUCGUGGCUUCAUUCACCAUCGUAUCUUAUUUCUACUUUCAACUUCACAGAGGAGUUAAUAACUCAGCUUUCUUUAGCAGUAACUCAUUGACCAAGGUGGUGACCAGAAUCGUAGUGUGUUUUUUUAUUUUUUGGAUCCCAAAUCAAAUCUUCGACAUUGUGAUCAUCAUUGCUACAUUGCCUGGGAAUAACAAUCUGUUAAUAUCUGCAGAAUUUGGAGACAGUGUUACUACAGCUCUGAUUUUUUUUAACAGUUGUGUGAACCCCUUCCUGUACGCUUUCUCUGCUCGGGCUUUACAACAGGAAACAGCUGGAACAAAUGAUCCAAAUGAGAAGAUGAACUUUUCUAACAGCCUAUCAAGGGCAUUUUUUCUUUCAGUCUAUUUUUAUAGUUUUUUUGUGCCGUCUAAUUCUUUUUUAUAACACCUUUUAAUAUAUUUUUUCAGAUUAACUGAAUCAAUUUAAAGUGAGUCUGUAUGAUUUUUCAAACUUUUAAUCUACCUAAUACAUUUACACCAAAAGCAUAAUUGAAUUAGCAUUAAUUAAAUUACAAUUAUUUUCCCUGUUUGUAUUGUGUUAAAAAAACAACAACAAAAAAAGAAGCUUAACGUUGAUGUAUCCUAAGUCUGUAACCUAGUGAACGAGUGUUAAUGUAUUCAUUGCUGGAGACUUCAAAGCACUUUUGUACAUUGCUCAGGAUAAGUGCAUCUGCCAAAUGUUGUGAAUGUAAAAUUUUAAAGUGACAAAUGUUAAUCAGUCAAAAAUGUGUUCAUCAAUAUUAGCAACAUUAAUUAUAAGUAUAGUUUUGUGUUUGUUAGAUAUUUUGUGUCUCUGCUUUACAUUGCUGAUUUUAUAUAUAGUUUUGGUUGAAACUAAAAGCUGUUUUCUGAACUUAAAAACACUUACAUUUCGAGCUAUAAACCAAAAUAAAGUUUUCUGAUUAUUAAAAAUGCUACUUCUGCUUGCACAGUUGUGAGACAACAUGCCAGGAACUUG